AUGACUCGGGUGUCUCUACCAUUGCCACUGCAGUGCCUCCUUGAUGCGGGGAACGGCGUCGCGGAGCUCCCCGCGCACUGCUGCUGGCCGGGCGUGAGCUGCUGCGAGCAUGGUGACCUCGAUCACGUCACCACCUGCGUCGCCCCCGGCCCAGACAUCCGCCGCCUCGUCUUCGAUGGCUGGACGCUGCGCCUCCCCCACAGCGACACCGGUGCGCCGCAAGUGGAGCCGUCGCGGCGCGCAACGCAGAGUACCGACUGCGGCCACUCCGGGGUCCUCGACCACGCGAACGGCACGGCGCUCCUGGCGAUGACGAUCGUCUUCGCGGUGUGCUUCGUCGUCGCGCUCGCGCUGUACGUCAGCAAGACGCGUGCGUACCGGCAGGUGACGUCCAAGCUGCGGAAAGACUGGCUGGCGCAGCAGGGCAUGGCCGCCGUGCUCGUUUCCGACAUCAUGGGCAGCACGGACCUCUGGGAGAUGGACGAGGAGCUUGCGAUGAGCGUCAUCCGCACGCACGACCGCGUGAUGCGCCAGUACGCCGCAAGGUUCCACGCGCUGGAGCUGCGCACCGAGGGCGACUCCUUCGUCCUCGCGUUCCAGUCGGUCUACUUCGCGCUGGAGUUCGCCAUGGCCGUCCAGCUCGAGCUCCUCGCGCAAGAGUGGCCCGCGGAGGACCUCGACUUUUUGGACGCCAUGGCCACCAUCCACGAGAUCCAGGGCGACGACACGAGCGAAUGCAUCUUCUGCGGCCCGCGCGUGCGCAUGGGCGUGGCCUGGGGGCCGCUCUGGAAGCAGUCCGGCUCCCAGGCGCCCCAGUCCGACGAGGCCGGCGCGGAGACGGCGGGGCACGAAAAGUAUGUCGGCGAAGCUCUGCAGCGCGCGACCGAGAUGCAGGAGCUCGCGGACGGUGGCCAGGUUUUGAUCGACGGGAGCGCGUUCGACGAGGUCGCUGAGGCCGAGUCGAGCCUCGGCGCGUUCGUCGAGGCCGUGCACGCCCGGUCGAUGCACGGGAAGUCCGCGGACGGCAACGCGAGCCUGCGGCGACGGAAGACUACCAUGCGACCCGCGCCAGUGCAGAUGCAGCCCGCGCUGGGGACGUUCGGCGCGAUGACGUCGAAGGCCACGCCAGGGGCGGGCAGCGGCUCGCAGCGCGGCCGCACGCCCUGGGACGACGACGAGGUGUCGGUCGCGGAUCUGGGGGGAGUCGUGGGAGUCCCCUCCCCAGGGUCCCUCAAGGCCCCCGUGUCCUCCGGAGCGCUGUCCGCAAACUUAUCCGACCAACAGUCCUCCUCGAUUCCGCGUGUCGUUCUGCCGACGGCCUCGUACAACGAAAGGCAGGCGGAGCAGGCGGCGAAGGACGCGGAUGCCGAGGCAGCGGGACGCGUGUCGCUGCGCGGCGCGGCGUCGUCGCGGCGAAUGGACGUCCCGAAGAUUCUGGACGCCGGCAUGCGCUCCUCGAUCGCGGGCGAGGACGGCCCGCCGGCGGCUCUCCCGACCGUUGUGUCGGGGAAAAUCUCCAAGGGCGGGUCGUCGGCAGCGGCGCGCACGGACGGCGACUCGGACGACGAGAACCGCAACGGCGAGGCGCGGAGCAAGCGCGAGAGCGACAUGGGCAAGGUCAAGCCCGGCGUUUCCACGGCGUUCCGGCGAGCGAACGCCGCCGACGAGAGCGCCGCGUCCUGGGAGGCGCUCUUCAUCUCGCUGGGGAGCUGGUCGCUCCCGGGGUGGCACGAGCCCGUGCGCGUGAUCCAGGUCCUGCCGCCGCACCUCGCUGCGCGCAUGCUCUACUUCGAGGGCAUCAAGGACGAGCGCGUGGAGCCCGGAUUCUUCGAAGCGCCGGGGGCGGUGGCGUCGACAGCCACCACGCGACUCGGGCGCGCGACGGCCGCGCUGGGCAUCGAGCUGCCGCCGCCGGGGCCCGUCGCGGUGAUGUUCGCGCGGCUCGGCGGGCUCCCGGAGGUCCGCGACGCGGACCACCGCCGCGUUGCGGCGAAGCUGUUUUUGCAACUCACGCGGGGGACGCUGCCGGCGUUCGGGGGGUACCUGACUCAGGAGGACAGCGGGGUGCUAAUGCUGUCGUUCUGGACGCCCCUCGACGCGAUCGAAUGGGCGCUGUUCAUGCAGGACAUCAUCCGGAACGCGCACUGGCCCACGGGGUGCUACCCCGUCGUCAUGGGCAACGACGGUCAGCCGCUGCCUGUUGUCCCGGGGAAGACCCACGGAAGCACGUCCACGCAGCACGCGCCGCUGAUCGCCCAGCUCUCCGCCGCGGGGGCCGCCGCCGGCUUCAUGAACAAGCAGGGCCACGCGGGCAGCAACCGGCCGUCUGGUUCCGAGGCCAAAGGGGUGCGAUUUGCAGAGGACGCGACGCCAGGCGACACGGGCGCGUCCAACUCGCCGCGGCAGAAUGACCUCGCCGCUGCGGUCAAGAAGGACUUCCGCAAGGUGCAGAGCGCGCGGUUCGCGCCGGCGCCGGCGCGGCAGGCCAGGACGAGCAGCGUACACGUGCCGAAGACCCAGGUCAAGAAUGUCCUGUCGCUCAAGGCUGGCUGCUGGGUGGGCGUGCCAGCGAACGUGAUGCCGCACCCGAAGGACGGCACGGCGGACUACUUCGGCCCGCUCGUGAACCGGUCCGCGCGGCUGUGCCACUCGGUCGCCGUCGACGGGCAGGUUCUUGCCCCGAAGAACGUCAUGGAGUCGGUCGCGGCGGAGUGGCGGCGGCGCGCCCAGACGGCCUCGAAGGGCGCGCCGGGCGCCGACACGAACGGGAACGACAAGGCCACGAUGCACUCGCGCGGCGGCCGGCCGAACCUCCUCGUGCACUCCACGACGAACAAGCACCUCAGCGGCCCGCCGGAGGCCGCGCUCUGCCGCCUCCUGCACACCAUCGGUCGCAUGGGAACCAUCCGCAUCGAGGCUCUGGCAGAGUGCGUGAACCGCGCGGUGGCGAAGCGCACGGGCGCCGCGCAGGGCACUCUGCGCGGCGUGCAGGUCCACGACAUCGGCGUGUACCGCCUCAAGGGUGUCGCGGACCCCUGCGCGGUGUGGGCGGCGGGACACGAAACGACCGCGGUGCCAAUCGCGAACGCGUCGACGAAGAAGGCGACGCUCGUGACGCCCGGGACGGGCCGCGUGGCGCUGAUCACCGCGCUGCCGUGGAACCUCGAGGCGGCGGCGAACACGGUGGCCGAGGGCGAGAGCUACAACGCGGCGGCGAUCGCGGCGCCGACGCCGAAAGGCCGCACGCGCUUCUCAAAGGCGCGCGACGCGCCGCAGCCGGACGCGUGCGGCGGCGCGGACGACGAGCCGCGGCCCCCGUCGCCCUGA